CCCAGCCUAGCCCACCCCCUCCGUAGCCAAUUUGUGUGGAGUCAAACCGGCGCGGCGCUUAACUCUUUCACUCAGCAGACUCUGGAAAGGACUAAAGCACCGAUGCUCAGAUGAUAUGAGAGCGACAGUAGGGAAAUAAAGACAAAAAUGUCGGGACAGAAGUCUUCACUGAUGCCGGGAGACGUGGAGAACCUGAGGAGAAGGUCGACAGCUGAUUCAGAGAACUGCACAGAUCAUGAGCAGUAUCACCGCUUUCCUAGGCCACAGUCCCAGAAUGACUGGCUUGGUGUUCCCUCCCAUCAUCCGGAGCUUGGUGCAGCAGAGACCCCCUCACCUGAUGCAUCAACCCAUCACUUCUGCCACUACACACCCAAAUGUUUCCUUGCUGUCCACAAAGGAGGACAUGGUGCCUCAGCACGGUCGACUCCGUCCAGAGGGGCCCGGUCUACUCCGUCUCGGUUUGGAGAAGAGGGCUGGCAUGAAAGCACAAAGACAACGAUUAGAGCUGAGAAUGAGGUGGAGGCGCACAGGGAGGCCAACAACUACAAGUUUGGUUUCAGAAAGUGGAAGGGGAAUGUAACUGAGCGACCCAUUGAAAGUGCAUCAGAGAUCGUCAAAGAGCUCCACUCUGAUCUUAGCAUUGUGAAGCCGCAUGAAGGCUCAGUGAUCACCUUUGGAAACAUAGUUUAUGUGUUUUUGUUUGGAUGGUGGUUAUCCUUGGUCUACCUCCUUGUUUGUCCACUGAUGUUUCUAACAAUCUUUGGUGCACCUUACGGCAAACUUUGUUUUCGGAUGGCAGGCUACUUUAUCUGGCCGUUUGGGAAAUCCAUUGAAAAGCCUGGUGAUACAGUUCGGAGACACUUUGUAAAGCCUCCAAAGUGUGAGGUCAUUCCUGAAGAGAGGGACAGUGAAGACGGGAAAGACGUUGCUCCUCUUCUGGUGUCUUCUCCUAUCCCCGUAGAGGUCCCUGUUCCCGAGCCACCAGCCAGAAAAAUCUCCAAACACUGGUGUCGUUUCAGUACUUACCUCUGGCUGCUGCUGGGCUACCCGGUAGUUGCCGUGUUCCACAUCCUGACCUGUGUGCUCUCCUGGCUGCUGGUCUUCACCAUACCUGUAGCCAAGAUGAACGCUCGCACGCUGUCCACUCUGCUUCUGAUUGCACCGGAGGACAUUCAGAUUAACAAGGUGGAAAAGGCACAAGGGAGUGCAACCAAAGUCAUCUUAUUCUGUAAUCAAGCAUUCAACGUGUAUUACUACAAAUACACGGUGCAAGGAAUCAACAUUUUUGCUCUCAACCUGCUCCCUCUUGUAUUCUUCACAUUGGUUAUUGGCUACACUGACCGUCAGCAUCGUUACUUCAGCGCCGAGACCAAGUUUGCAACCGCUAUCUCCUCCAUCAUUCCUCUGUCCUACUAUAUCGGCAUGGGUAUAGCCAGCAUUUCUGCACAGAGUAACUUUGCAGUGGGAGCGGUGGUGAAUGCAACAUUCGGCUCGAUCACAGAGAUGACGUUCUACAUCACAGCCUUGCUGCAGGGUGUCCGUGCUGGCACUAAAUGCUAUGAGGAGAUUGUGAAAGCAGCUCUCACUGGGACGCUGCUUGGAUGUAUACUGUUCAUUCCAGGUAUCUGUAUGAUCAUUGGUGGCAUCAAACACAGGGAGCAGCGAUUUAACAGUCGCUCAGCUGGAGUGAGCUCUGCUUUACUGUUCAUAUCUAUAGGAGGUGUGUUUGCUCCUUCCCUUUUCUCAAAAAUAUUCGGUAAUCUGGUGUGUGAAAGCUGCACGAAUAUACCAGGAAAUGGCAGUGUACCAUUCAUCUGCAAAGACUGCCACUAUGACACGACUCAAGCCGACCCGCGUCUAAUUCUGUCUCAAAUCGAGCCUCUGGUGUACACCAUUUCUUUGCUGCUGCCUGCUGCAUACCUGAUUGGCCUUAUCUUCACUCUGAAAACACACUCCCACAUCUACGACAUCCAUAUCAGCGACGGCCAAGGGGGCAAUGCACACGGUCAUCAUGUCGUCCACUGGAGCCGCUGGAGAGCUCUGGCAGUGCUGAUUGUUGCCACUGUGUUGAUGGCUGCCUGUGCUGACCUCAGCACUGAGAACAUCGAGCCUAUGCUGAAUGAUUCAACCGUCUCUCAGUACUUCAUCGGUGUCACGGUGUUGGCCAUGGUACCAGAGCUUCCCGAGAUUGUUAAUGGGAUCCAGUUUGCUGUGCAGAACAACAUCAGCUUGAGCCUUGAAGUGGGGAGUUGCAUUGCCGUGCAGGUCUGCAUGAUCCAGAUCCCCCUGCUCAUACUUUUCAAUGCCUUCUAUGAUGUUGGUUUUCUGCUCGUCUUUAAUGACAUUCAUCUCUGGGCAAGCAUCUUCAGUGUCAUCUUGGUGAAUUACAUUUUCAUGGAUGGAAAGUGUGACUACUUUCAGGGCACAGCUCUGGUGGUGGUCUACCUCAUCCUUUUGGCCCUGUACUUCUUCGCUCCAUCUCCUCGUUCAUGUUGAUCUGCCGACCAAGAAAACUUUGGAGGCUUCAGAAUAAAAUACCACAUGUACUGGUGUGGGUUCAGUGGCCCUAAAGUUUAAAAAAAAUUACCGAGGUUGGAAAAUUAAGGGUGUAACCUUAACUGGUGAACUGUGUGUAAAUAUAUGAUACUGAUCGUUUGUGGUCUUAAACAUCAACAUCUAACGCUGGUGUUUCAUUCUUGGAUUAAGGUUAAAUAUGAUCUUUUUGUUUGUAAUAUCUGAUUUCUAUUGGAUAUAAUAAAUGCAUUGAUUUCUAAAACCUGUCUGUAAAGAAGACUUUUAUUUCAAAACUGUAUCACUAGGAUGUCCAUUACAUCACAUUUAUUUCAUACUUUAUGUUGGCUAUAUAAAAAUUAACAUUUUGACUCUUUAAAGGUAAUGGAAAUGUAUUGGAUUAACAUGUAUGUUUGUACAAAGCAACAGUAGUUUUGAGCAUUUCUGGAAAAAAAAAAUUAAAACAGA